AUGACCUUUGGCCUUUUCUUACUAAAAAAAAGAUACACCCCUAUCGUCAGAUAUGCAUCCACCGAGCUUCUCGCCUUGAAUGUAUACCGCGUUGAUGUGCUCGGCACCUUCUUCGCUCUUAUCCGUAACAUCUAUUCAUCUCAUCGUAACUUGGCUACCGCACAUUUAAUUCUCGGAAAGCAAAUUGAAAAGUUUGGAAGUCCUCAAGAGCCGGUUCUCUACUUGGACGACCUAUCCCCCAUCGAAAGGAUUAAGACUCUAGUUCAUUGUGAGGAUGGUCGCGCAAAAGCCAUGAGCGUCGCCGAGAAAGCUAUUAUCAACCUGAAGGGACGUGUUGAGGGAAACCAACGGGUGCGUAAACAGCACUUCAUGACCAUCGACAAGGAUUUAAGGAAGUCCUUUUACUGGGGUUUGGAGGAGCGAAAGGACUGUAUCAAUUCGAUCUUGCGGUGGUAUCUGUCCGAUGACAAAGUCCAGCUCAGAAAUGUCCAUGAAGCAGACUUUCAACUUCCACUGACCGUAUUUGUUGAUCAUAAACAGACACCUAUGCCUUUAAACAGCGCCUUGAAGGAUAUUGAGAAGGGUUUUGAUAAUGGAUCUGCUUCAUCUGUAUCGCCGGCCCAUCUUCUGAGGGAUCUGCCCCGCCUCCCAUUCCCCAUGAAAGCUUUCAGCGUGAAUACGCCUCCAUUCCUGACAGAUAUACUACCAAGAAGGAUGGGAGCAAAGGCGUAGGAGACACCAAAAGAG